UCAACGCGAGGAUUAAAUGCACGGAGCCGUCUCACUCAUCUGUCAGAGAUACGAGAUUGAAUUAUGUUCCUGGAUUAUGCUGUAUAUGUUUACAUCUAAGAACAGGUGUUGAGAGCUAUUUGCUACCUUCUAUUACCUAUUAAUUAACAAUUUAUAUCAAGCAACAUGUGUACGCCAGCGAAGAUUAGAAAAUUGGACGAAGUCGUGGUGAACAGAAUCGCAGCUGGAGAAAUAAUCCAAAGACCAGCAAAUGCGUUAAAGGAAUUAAUAGAGAAUAGUUUGGAUGCCAAAGCAACGAACAUACAAAUCACAGCGAAAGAAGGAGGCUUAAAGCUACUACAGAUACAAGAUAAUGGUACUGGUAUCCAAAAAGAAGAUAUGGAGAUCGUGUGCGAGAGAUUCACCACAAGUAAGUUGCAAAAAUUCGAAGAUCUCAGCGCUCUUACGACAUUUGGAUUUCGAGGAGAAGCUCUGGCCAGUAUUAGUCACAUAGCUCUUCUUGCUAUCACGACAAAAACAGCAGAUGAAAAAUGCGCCUAUAAAGCAUCGUAUAUUAACAGCAAGCUAAAAGCACCUCCGGUGCCUUGUGCUGGAAAUCAAGGUACUGUAAUAACAAUAGAAAAUCUAUUCUAUAAUGUGGCAACUCGUAGAAAGGCUUUGUCAAAUCCAUCGGAAGAAUUUACCAAAAUUACGGAAGUAGUUAUGAGAUAUGCUGUACAUAAUCCAGCAGUAGGAUUUACAUUAAAAAAGCAUGGCGAGCCGAGUUCACAAGUUCGAACACCACAUAAUUCCACCAAACAGAAUAAUAUAAGAAUAUUAUAUGGCAAUCCUGUUGCUCGCGAACUAUUAGAAGUUGAGCUUGACGACAAGGAUUAUAAAUUUAAGAUGCACGGUUUAGUGACAAAUCCGAAUUAUACGAAUAAGCGAAUGGUGAUGUUGCUAUUUAUCAACAAUCGAUUGGUCGAUUCUACUUCAAUCCGUAAGAUGUUAGAAGACGUGUACUCUGUAUAUCUCCCGAAGAAAGCUCAUCCAUGGUGUUACAUAUCUUUGGACAUUAAUCCACAGAAUAUUGAUGUUAAUGUACAUCCAACAAAACACGAAGUUCGAUUUCUUCACGAAGAUGCGAUAGUCGAAAGAAUAAAAUUCGCAUUAGAUGAAAGGCUGACUGGCAACAGCGCGUCUAGAACGUUUUACUUACAAGCCAGAUUACCGAAGGCAGACAUUACUAAAGAAGUCCUAGAAGAGGUGUUACCAGAGUAUAACAAAGGAAAUUCAGAUAAAUUAAAAAAGAUUCACGCUAAGGAGAUGAUUAGGACAGAUUCGUCUGAUCAAAAACUUGACAAAUUUAAUUUUACCAUACAUUUCGAGCAACGUAAGAGUGACAGUAAUACUCUAACGAAAGAAUUAACACAUAAUGAUCCUAAGCCUCUCAAUUCUGAAAGUCUGAGAGAAAGCGUACCUGAUGCUAUUACGGUAAAUCCACCUGCUGACAAUAAAUGUCAAGAGAAAGACUCGAAUUUAAAUAUCGCGGAACACAAUACUACAUUAUUACCUACCGAAAAAACUCCAACUGAUAAUAAUUUAACGCAUUUGGAUUGGAGCGAUAUAUUAGAUACCAAAACUUCGUUAGACUCGCAAAACACUUGCGAUCCAUGUGACUCUGCACAACAAGACAAAUUGAAAAAUGUCCAUCCAGAGAACUUAACGUUUGACAUCUCAGAAUUUCUACGAGAUUCAGAUGAAGAAGUAGAUGAUCCUGAAGAUAAGCCUGUAGAUGUUAUAGCUGAUAGGGCUCGUAAACAAGUGUAUCAGUAUUUCGGAAAUAGGGACAUUAUCGAGAAUGCAAAGAAAGAUUCGGAAAAGAAAAAAGAACAGACAUUGAAUACAGACGACAAUCAAAAAGGUGAAGGUUCAAUAUGUAACGUAAGUCAAUCUGAAAGACUACCCGCUGAGACAAAUACUUCUGCUGAUGAAUCUCCGAAGUCUACACAGCAAUUUAAAUCGUAUUCUGUGAAUAACUUUAGACACGAAGUAAAAUUAACUAGUAUCCUGAAAUUACGUAAAGAUGUUGAAGAUGAAUGUCAUGAAGGAUUACGAAACAUUUUAGCUAAUUUAACGUUUGUUGGCUGCAUCGAUCAAACUUCGGCUUUGAUACAGAGUGGAGUGAAUUUAUAUAUAUGCAAUACUAGAAAAUUAACGGAGGAGCUUUUUUAUGAAAUCAUGAUUUAUGAUUUUGCGAACUUUGGCAUCAUCAAAUUUUCAGAACGAAUAUCAUUGUUCGAUUUAGCAAUGAUUGCUUUAGAUUCGGGGGAAACUGGAUGGACAGAAGAGGAUGGACCAAAGGAAGAAUUGGCGGCGAGGGUGAAGGAGUUACUUUUAGAAAAAGCAGACAUGAUGAACGAAUAUUUUUCGAUUGUUUUGGAUAAAGUAGGAAAUUUGAGAUCGUUGCCCGUAUUAUUAGAUAAAUAUUUUCCAUACGAAGCGGAAAUUCCAUUGUAUAUAAUGCGACUAGCAACGGAAAUUGAGUGGAGAAAAGAACAAUUAUGCUUUCAAAAUAUUUGCCGGGAAACGGCAAAGUUUUACAGCUACCUCAGUCCGAAGCAUCAGACACAUGACUGGAAAUAUGUAACUGAACAUGUUUUGUAUCCGGCAAUUAAAGAAAGUUUACUUCCACCGAAACACUUCGCUCACGAUUCAACGAUAUUACAAAUAGCCAAUUUACCGGAUUUAUACAAAGUAUUUGAGAGAUGUUAAAUUAUGAAUACAUAAAAAUGUAUUAUACUUCUUUUUAUAUGAGGAUUGAUUCACAAACUCAAGUUUGA